AUGCACUUUGCGCAAAAAGUAUGUCCGCAGCUAGUGACGGAUGGGUCAGUGAACAGAGCGAGGCAGAUAGGACAUUCUAACGAACUCCGCUGGCGAGGCGAAGAUUGGAUGCCGUUCGGCAUUAGCGAGCGCAGGGUGGUGGGGGCCGAGUCAUCUCCGAAGUUGCGGACGGGGGAAGGGGAAGGGCAGUGA